UUAGCCAGCUCGAUAUGAUGUAUCAAACAUCAUACCUGAGUAAUUCCCUGUUGAUUUGUCAAAUCUGUGUGUGCUACAUGAUCGUCGCUUCGUCGUACAUCACGGCAGUGAUCAACAUGAACGAAAUAGAACACGUGCUCAACACAUUUAUCAAACUGUACCGCGCAUUAGUCGACGAACCGUGUCUCCUCGACAGACGACUGUUGAAGAUGUUUCUGCACAAAAUUAUCAUCGUUGAUUUGGUUCUUUUCGCGGCAACAUUCAGCAUGUUCUUGCCGGAAACGAGAAAUAUGCCGUUCCCAAUGGUUGUGGCCUGGCUCCUGAACGGUGCUUACACAAUUCCGUUGAUGAUAGUUUGCAACACGUUCCAAGGCAUGGCCCUUGUAGCUUCAACGCUCUACCGGAACGUGAAUCGUCGUGUUACCAAAGUUAAUGAACGGUUGAGUCAACUUGAUGUGAACCACUCGCACUGGAAGCAAAAUCAGGACGAGAAGACAAAGAUAUGUAAAACACUGGACAAGGAAAUAAACAGUCUAUGUCAGUGGCAUCGUACGAUCAAUGAAACAGUUCAACGACUGACAGAUGUACUCGCUGGACCGAUGAUAUUUAUCAUGUUGUUUCAAUUUAUUGUUUCAAUUGCAGAGAUAUAUUACAACUAUAUCAUGCUGAUAGAAGCUGUUCAAUUUCAUCAAGAACCAGCAUACUUUGAAUUGGCAGGUGCUAUAUUUUUUAUUCUACUAUGCACAACUCAGGUUUACUACACGGUAGCUUUCUGUGCUCAGAUGGCGAAAAGGGCGGAAAAAACUGGCGUGUUGUUAAAUGAAUUCUUUCAAUCGGAUAUCGAUGAGCGUGUUGAAUUGAGCAUCGAAUUAUUUUCUCUAGAGAUGUUGCAUCAUAACUAUAAGAUAGAAGUUUAUGGCCUCUGCACUAUUGAUUUCACGCUUAUUUACUCGAUUGUUGCCACAAUGACAACUUAUCUCAUCGUGCUGAUACAAUUUGAAUUGGCAGAUUACUAAGAGUAUCAGUUUACAAAUUGAUAGCUGGAAGCAGAAUUUCAUCGUUGACUAUUUUGCGCAUUCAAAAUAUACCAGGCUUCAUUUGAAAAAUACUGAGAUUUUUUUUGUUUUAAUAUUAGGCUGUCAUAAAA